GCGUAGUGGCUCAUACAAACCUCACAAGCCGCCGGAGAGCAACAUCGCCAUUUUAAAAGAAAUUAAAAGAAACUAGUUGUGUGUAUCAGCGGACGUAAAAACGUAUUUUUGGGCAGAUUAAUUUUAUUUUUCGUUUUGUAUUAACAAACUGUAUAUACGACAAACCAGCUUGCAACCAUGGAAAAGGAACUCGUAUGGGCUAAAAUGAGGGGAUUUCCGCCAUGGCCAGGAAAAAUCUGCACGCCAAAACCGAACUUGACCAAAAAUGCUUCAAAGCCCAAAGGUGGUCAAUCUUGCAAAUGGAUAUUUUUCUUUGGAUCAAAGAAUUACAGUUGGAUUGAGGACAACAAUCUCAAACCGUAUGUGGAGCAUCGUGACUCAAUUGUAAAAACAAUAAAAAACAAUCCGCUAAAAGAAGCCGUAAAACGGAUCGAUGAGUACCUGAGCGAUCCUGAGAAAUACAAAGCAAACGCAGAUUUGCCUUCGGAACAGGAGGAUGAGGAUACAAACACAACUUUUGACCAACUACGCGAGAGUGACGAAAGUUCCGAGCUUCAAACAACAACACCGACCGUUCCAAAGUCUGCACCGAAAAAGACGUCUGCGAAAAAGAAAGCGGUACGUUCAUCACCCCCACUCAAAUUCAGAUUUGAAAAGAAGGAGCCAAAACCCAAAAAACGAUUCAGCGCCAACAACGGAGACUUUGAUGUAACUCCUGCUAAGCUAGCUCGUCCCUCUCCUAAAGACGAGUCGAAAAUCGACAGUACGUCAGAAUCUGAUCCUUAUGUACCUCGUCGAAAUCCAGCAGACAUUUUAAUUAAUCGCCCACAAAUUGUUAUGGGAGAAUCACCAGGGACAUUACACAGCGUCAGCAUUUCACAGACACAAAAAUUGCAGAACAUCGUAGCAUCGGCAAAGAUUUUCGGUUUCCUAGGUGUUGGUAUUAUGGGCUCUGGAAUCGUUAAAAAUCUGCUAAAUUCAGGUCACAAAGUAAUCAUUUGGAAUCGCGAUCCAUCAAAGGCGAGAAAAUUGGAAGAAUUGGGCGCAGAAGUUGCUCUGACGCCAUGUGAUGUUGCUGAACAAGUUGAUAUCAUAUUUUCAUGCGUAUCCGAUCCGUUGGUCUCGAAAGAACUCGUCUUUGGAAACUGUGGCAUAAUAUCGUCGAAUCAACAUUUCGAUGGAAAGGGCUACGUCGAAAUGACCGGACUGGAUGGUGACACUUCACAGGACAUAGCUGACGCUAUAGUAUCGAAAGGCGGACGGUAUUUGGAGGCGCAAAUACAAGGAUCGCGAGUACAGGCUGAAGAGGGCACAUUGAUUAUAUUAGCUGCUGGUGAUCGUUCGUUAUUCGACGAGUGCCAGUCGUGCUUCAAGGCAAUGGGAAAGAAUUCAUUCUUUUUGGGAGACGUUGGCAAUGCAUCCAAAAUGUAUUUGGUUUUGCAAUUGUUUGCUGGGGUUACAUUAGGAGGACUCGCAGAAUCGCUUGCUCUUGCUGACAGAGCAGGACUACAAACGAAAGAUGUGCUGGAAGUUCUGUCACUGACAACGAUGUCAUCAGCUUACGUUAAUGAAAAAGGCAAUGCGAUGAUCCACCAGGCUUAUCAUCCACCACAUCAUCCACUAACGCACAUGCAGAAAGAUCUACGUCUAGGUCUGUCACUGUCGGAACAAAUUGAACAUGCUAUGCCAAUAACAGCUGCUACCAAUGAAGUUUUUAAACACGCUAAACGAAAUGGCUAUUCCGAACACGACGUCAGCGCUGUAUACGUUAAGUCGAGAAUUUAACAUUUUGAAAUUCCAAUUAAUUUUGUGUUUCCGUUCUUUUUUAUUUUAAUUAAUUUUUCUUCUUCCCUUUCCUCUUCGUAAUUUGACAAAAUGUAAUUUCCCCACUUUUGCAAUUUUCAUAACUUUUCGUAAGCAACAGAAUUAUAUUUUUAGACGGAUUUAUUUGAGGAAUUUUUUUUUUUAAAGAAUCGUUCAGCAACUUCGAGGAUUUUAAAUUUGUAUAAAGACGCAACCGGGGUUCGUCAGCAGCAUUUGUCCGUUCGGAUUUUCCGAUACAGAAUUUUUUUCUUUCCAAUUAAUUGCACCGUUUUCGCAUUGAUUCCGAAAUUGAAUGUUUUCCGACCACUUUUUUUUGUUGACUUUCGUUUAUCGAGUCCGAGUCAGCCCAUUAAUUUGUUACAGCGCAUGAUUUGUAUUAAAAAAAAAAAAAAAAUUAAAAUGCAGUGCAAUGUUUGAAUUCCCAAAGAGGUUUUCAUGAAAGAACGUUUUAAAAACUAACAAAUUACGCCACCAGCCACAACAUUCGUUAUUCUGUUAUUUCUAUUAUAAUGUUUGUGUUCACACUGAACGAUUCUAAUUUUAGAAUAUAAUUUUCAUUCUAAUUACUUGUCAUAGAAAUAAAACACACAAAAAGUCUUGUUAUUUCGAAUAAGAAAUAAAAUAAAAUAAAAACAAUUUCCAAUAAA